AUGGCCGACAGCCCCYCCCUAAAUGGCCGACAGCUCCUUCCUACAUGGCCUCGACUAAUGAGCUACUGCGCCUACUCACUCACACCUCGCAUAGCUCUCCACAAGCCACAUUGCUCGACAACCGACACAACAUUCAACACAACAUCGACAAAUAUUCUCACAAUCAUCAUGUGUGACGAUAGUGACGAUCCUCUUUCGAGAGACGACCCCCGCUACGAGGUAAGGCGAAGGUGGAAAUCGUCACCCUCGACUUCACCAUCGGUUUCGGAAUUUGACGAUAGUGARAGUGACGCAUCUUAUCGUCCAUCUCCACAAUGCGACAAGAUCUCGCGGCAACGAGCCGCAAGAUCAAUAACGGAUAGCGUGGCUUACAGCCCAGCAAAGAACGCAGAGCAAGGACGUGUUGWGCAACGUUCAAUCCGCGAAGCGAGAAGACCUGUAACGAAGCGGUCACAGCGUACAAUGGAAGGCAACCCUAAGACUACUCCGGACAAUUCACCACACCCACAAGCCACCAAGAAUGGUAUGCGACUGGGACCAUUGCUUUCACCACAGCGUAACCUUAAGUCUGUCGCUGAAGACGAUUUAUCCUGCCAGCAGGACGCAGAGAGACGAACUUUGUCGAAGCCUUUUAGAGGUCCUACCCGCAGAUCGAUCCCUCGAAGCAUGGUCUCGCCAAUUCGUCGAGAUCAGCAAAGCAUCCGCGACGAUGUUGACAGCCCAUAUUUGGGCAAACAAUCUCACACUGGACCAGCGCCCGACCAUGCUAGUAGGGAAACACAAUGA